GUCUCUCAUCCUACUGUUCCGACAAACCUCAUCACACUUCCGCUCGCUGGUGGACAAUGCUUGCAACCACUUUAUUGAGGCGUUCAGCAACCUCAACUCCUUCAGUUUUUGGGAGGGCCUUCUCGAACUCGUGCGCGCGCCGCUCGGAUGCAUUGUUCAUGCACCGCGACACGGAGUACAACAACCCGAAGAUACCCUUUGCGUUCACAGCAGACAACGUGAAGAGGGCCGAAGAGAUCAUCUCUAGAUAUCCUCCGCAAUAUAAGAAGGCUGCGGUCAUUCCUCUCCUUGACCUCGGGCAACGGCAGAACAAGGGAUGGACGAGCAUCAGUGUUAUGAACUAUGUCGCAAAACUGCUCGGGAUGCCCCCAAUGCGGGUGUACGAGGUCGCGACCUUCUAUACCAUGUUCAACCGUGAACCAAUUGGGGAGAAUUUUGUACAAGUCUGUACCACCACACCAUGCAUGCUGAGUGGUUCCACGGAGAUUUUGAACACGGUUUGCAGUCAACUGGGUGGAUUAACACCAGGAGCCACGACAGACGAUGGUAAAUUCACAGUUGUUGAAGUUGAAUGCCAAGGUGCUUGCAGUAAUGCACCUAUGAUGGUCGUGAAUGAUGAUUUCUACGAGGAUCUGACACCGGCAACCACAAAGAAAGUCCUGGAGGCUUUCGCAAAGGGCCAAAAACCGAAACCGGGACCGCAAAGUGGGCGAAAGACAAGCGAAAACUCUGCUGGACUUACCUCACUCACAUCGAAACCCUAUGGACCAGGAGAGUUCUGCACACCGGAGUUUAGCUAGAUAUUCCUAGAACUAGAACUAUCUUUGAUGGUAAUGAUUUGAAAAAAGAAACAAAG